AUGCAUCAAUUCCCUUCACCAUUCCCUCCUCUCAACACUACCACCACUCACUCCCAGCGACACCCAGCCAGCGACACCUCCAGUCCCCCCAGUUCACGCACAACUUCGCCGCCAUCAUCACCCACCUCCACACUCCGCCGACGUCACCAGCCAACGCAAUUGUCUCCGCACCACCUCUUCAAUCUCUCCUUCCACCCCACCACCACCACCACUCAUCCCAAGGUCUACUCCGACAUAGGGUCUAGACCAGACAAUGAACACCACGUCCAUUUCCACAAUCACACCCAGGGACAUGGUCUUGGCCACAACAUCCACAAUGCCUCGACCCAAUGCGGUGUAAGCAUUCUACCCUGCGCGGUCCUGCGAGGCCGCUCCUCUCUGAUGAUCGUGCGACGACGCCCCUCGGCUGUGGAUAUGGCAUUGAGUGAGGAGCGGUGUCGGUGUGAUGAGAAUGCCAUUGAGAGACAGGGAUUGGAUCUUAUGGAGCCAAGGCCUGUGGAUAUGAAUCUGCAUUCGAACUUGAAUAUGCAUAUGGGUCUGAAUAUGGGCCUGGGCCAGCGCAAUUCGGGUUCUAGAGCGAGUAUCGGCUCUGAUACUCGGUCUGUCGUGGUGCAACAGCCGCGGUUUGUGAUGGGGGGGAUCUUUGAGGUCAUGGAGGGUCAGGCAUAG